AUGGGUUUCUCGAAAAAGCAUCAAGUAGAUGGAGAUAUAAUGGAAGGAAAGACAUGGGUGAUUUCUGGAAUCACCAUGUGUGCUCCCUUGAGAUCUGUAUCGACUAAUAAAGAGAAUGGAGAGACUGAUGAAGGCUCAAACUCGGGUUCAACGACUCCGACAUCAAAGGAAUCGAGGUUGCCGGAGAAGUUACGAUGUCCGCCACCACUAGCACCAAAGAAGCGUCGGCCGGUAUCCAAGUGCCAGAAGAAUGGUGAUAUUCAGUUUUUCACUUCACCGGAGUUGGAUUCCUUUUUCGAAAAUUUUGCAAAUGCUGAGAGAGCCAAAUACAAAUUCCGUUCGUAA